AUGCCUUCGCAAGCCCUACCAACCCCAACAUCUUCGACAAAGCAGUUCUAUGCGACGAACUCACCUUGGGAAAAAGCAUAUGGCCAUUACCGCGCCAUUCGAGUCGGACAACACAUUUACACAUCCGGUACAACAGCAGCCGACCCCGACAGUCCCCCUGAGAACCCACGCGUCCUGUGUCCUGGCGAUGCCCGCGGACAGACACGGGCAACCUUGAAUGAGAUCAUCAAAGCCAUUCAAGCCGUGGGUGCAAGAGGUGCAGAGAGUAUUGUCCGUACCCAACUGUUUAUUCAACGUCAUGAAGACGCCCCGGAAGUCAUGGCGGGGUAUACAGAAGUUCUUGGACGACAGAAUGGUGGGGAUAUUGGAUCUACUGCGAUUCUGCUUGUCGUUUCCAACUUCUCAGAUCCUGAGAUGUUAGUGGAAAUCAUGGUGGAUGCAAUUGCAGAUGCUGAAUGA